CAUCAACUGUAUUAUGACCCAAACAUUGAGAACAAGAACUUGGCUCAGAAAUGGCUGAUGCAGGCGCAGGUGUCCCCCCAGGCGUGGCACUUCAGCUGGCUGCUUCUCAACAUGGACAAGGUGCCCGAGAUCCAGUACUUUGGUGCCAGCGCUCUCCACAUUAAAAUCUCCCGUUACUGGAACGACAUCCCGGCUGACCAGUACGAGAGCCUCAAGUCGCAGCUCUUCACCCACAUCACCCGCUUCGCCAGUGUACUGACCCGGCUGUGCGUGGCGCUGGCCUCCCUGGCCCUCAGCAUGAUGCCGGAGGCUUGGCCCUGCGCCGUGGCAGACAUGGUGCGCAUGUUCCAGGCCGAGGACUCCAAUGUGGAUGGGCAAGCACGGUGCCUGGCGCUGCUGGAGCUGCUGACGGUGCUGCCCGAGGAGUUUCAGACCAGCCGCCUGCCGCAGUACCGCAAGGGCCAGGUACGCAGCGUCCUGGCGCAGGAGUGCGGCUCCGUCUUCCCUUUGCUGGAGCAGCUGCUGCAGCAGCAGGACUCCCCGGGUUUCAUCAAGCAGAAGGUGUUGAAGUGCUUCUCCAGCUGGGUGCAGCUGGAGAUCCCACUGAUGGACUGCGAAAACCUGAUCCAGGCCGCUUUCACCUCGCUGCGGGACCCGGAGCUCUUCGACACAGCGGUGGAGGCUGUUGUCAAUGCCAUUUCCCAGCCCGAUGCCCAGAGGUAUGUGAACACCCUCCUGAAGCUCAUCCCCACUGUGCUGGGGCUCCAAGAGCAGCUGCGCCAGGCGGUCCAGAGCGGGGACAUGGAGACGUCGCAUGGAAUCUGCCGCAUCGCCGUGGCCUUGGGGGAGAACCACUCCCGGGCUCUCCUGGACCAGGUGGAGCACUGGCAGAGCUUCCUGGCCCUGGUCAACAUGAUCAUGUUCUGCACCGGCAUCCCUGGGCACUACCCCGUCAACGAAACCACCAGCUCCUUGACACUCACCUUUUGGUACACGCUGCAGGAUGACAUUCUCUCCUUCGAGCCGGACAAGCAGGCGGUGUACCAGCAGGUCUACAGGCCUGUCUACUUCCAGCUGGUGGAUGUGCUGCUGCACAAAGCCCAGUUCCCCUCCGAUGAGGAGUAUGGCUUCUGGUCUUCAGAUGAGAAGGAGCAAUUUCGGAUAUACAGGGUGGACAUCUCUGACACGCUGAUGUACGUGUAUGAGAUGCUGGGUGCUGAGCUCCUGAGCAGCCUCUAUGACAAACUGGGACGUCUCCUGACCAACACGGAGCAGCCGUCCACAUGGCAGCACACGGAGGCCUUGCUCUAUGGAUUCCAGUCCAUCGCCGAGACCAUCGAUGUGAACUACUCUGACGUUGUGCCAGGGCUGAUCGGCCUCAUUCCCCGGAUCAGCAUCAGCAACGUGCAGCUUGCCGAUACCGUCAUGUUCACUAUAGGGGCCCUGUCGGAGUGGCUGGCUGAUCACCCCGUCAUGAUUAACAACGUGCUGCCGCUGGUGCUCCAGGCCUUGGGCAACCCUGAGCUCUCCAUCUCCAGCGUCUCCACCCUGAAGAAGAUCUGUCGGGAGUGCAAGUACGACCUGCCGCCCUAUGCCGCCAACAUCGUUGCCGUGUCCCAGGAGGUGUUGAUGAAGCAGAUUCACAAGACGAGCCAGUGCAUGUGGCUGAUGCAGGCUCUUGGUUUCCUGCUCUCUGCGCUGCAAGUGGAGGAGAUCCUGAAGAACCUGCACUCCCUGAUUACCCCCUACAUCCAGCAGCUGGAAAAGCUGGCUGAUGAAACGCCCAAUCCCUCCAACAAGUUGGCCAUCAUCCACAUUCUGGGCCUGCUCUCCAAUCUCUUCACUACCCUAGACAUCAGCCACCACGAUGAUGACCACGAAAGCACCGAGGUCAAGAAGCUGCCAGUGCAGCAAGGACCCAACCCAGUGGUGGUGGUCCUGCAGCAAGUCUUCCAGCUCAUACAGAAGGUCCUCAGCAAGUGGCUGAAUGAUGCCCAGGUGGUGGAGUCUGUCUGUGCCAUCUUUGAGAAGUCUGUGAAGACCCUCCUGGAUGAUUUUGCCCCCAUGGUUCCUCAGCUGUGCGAGAUGCUGGGGCAGAUGUACAGCACCAUCCCCCAGGCCUCUGCCAUCGACCUCACCCGGCAGCUGGUUCACAUCUUUGCCCAUGAGCCUGCCCACUUCCCUCCCAUCAAGGCCCUCUUCUUGCUCGUUACCUCAGUCACGCUGACCCUCUUCCAGCAAGGGCCCAGGGAUCAUCCUGAUAUUGUUGAUUCAUUUAUGCAACUCCUGGCACAGGCUCUGAAGAGGAAGCCGGACCUCUUCCUGUGUAGCAACCUGGAUGUCAAAGCGGUGUUUCAGUGUGGUGUCCUUUCGCUCAAGUUCCCCGAGGCCCCAACAGUCAAAGCAUCCUGUGGAUUUUUUACAGAGCUGCUGCCGCGCUGCGGAGAGAUCGCCCCAGUGGGACAGGUCGUGCAUGAGAACGGCAAAGUGCUGCUGCAGGCAGUGCUGGAGGGUGUUGGUGGCCAGGCCUCCCGCAGCCUCAUGGAUCACUUUGCAGAAAUCCUCUUUGCCUUGAACAAGCACUGCUUCAGCUACCUGAGCAUCUGGAUCAAGGAGGCCAUGCAGCAGGAUGGCUUCCCCUCAGCCCGUGUCAGCCCUGAGCAGAAGGAGACCUUCAGCCAGCAGAUCCUCAGCAGAGAGCGUGUGAACAAGAGCCGUUUGAAGGAGUUCACCCUGCUGUGCCGAGGGCUGCAUGGCACGGAGUACGCAGCAGACUACUGA